GGGAGCGGCGCGGAGCGGCCAUCGGGCUGGACCGGGCUGGGCAGGACACGGCUGGGCUGGGCCGGACCACGCUGCGCUGACGAGCCGAGUACGGGGCUCCGCUCCGCGCGUCCCCGCCGCCACCACCGCCACUUCCCGGAGUUUCGAAAGGCGCGGAGGGAAAAAGAGAAAAAAAAAAAAAGACAUAAAUAAAGCUGCCCAGACCGUACCGUAUUUUUAAAUAUUUCUUGCUCUCUAAAUUUUUUUUUCAAUUAAAAAAAAAUAGGUGGUCGAGCAGCAGUAGCGGGGGAGAUGCGGUGCGGGCGGUAGCAGCGAAGACCGGACCGCCGCACAAAAGGGCACCGCACCGCACCGCACGCACCCCCGCCGCGGCAGCAGAGCAGCCGCCCGACCGCCGCAGCCACCGUUCCCGCCGCGGCUCCGCGGCCCGCUCCGCCCGGCGCCUGGAGAGCCGCCGGCAGCAGCAGUAAAAGUUUUCAGGAAGGGAGGAAAACUGCCGGCGGGGGGAAUCUCCGGUGGAGCGCGCGCCGGCGCCGGCGGAGGGGCUUUCCCCGCCCUCCUCCACCUCGCCCUCCGCCGCACGGGGCUCGCAGCCCGCCUGAGCCCGUGGAGCGGCGGCGGCGCUCGGGAGAACCGGCCGGCGUCGCCCGCUGACCGCCCCCGGGGGAUGUGGCAGCUGCCCCCGAGCGUCGCGGACGCCGCCGCCGUCGCGCCUCGCUGCUGCCGGCGGUGCCCCGCCAGCCCCGGGGCGGCGGGGCCGGGGCGUCCCUGCCCGCCGUCUCCGCCGCCGCGCCUGCAGCCCUGAUCCCCGCCGCUCCGGCCGCCAGCGCCCCCCGAAGCGGCGUGGAUGAUCCGCGACCUGAGCAAGAUGUACCCGCAGACCCGGCACCCGGCUCCUCACCAGCCAGCUCAGCCCUUUAAAUUCACCAUUUCAGAAUCCUGCGAUCGGAUUAAGGAGGAGUUUCAGUUUUUGCAGGCUCAGUACCACAGUUUAAAGCUAGAAUGUGAAAAACUGGCCAGUGAGAAGACAGAGAUGCAGCGACAUUAUGUCAUGUAUUACGAGAUGUCCUAUGGGCUGAAUAUAGAGAUGCAUAAGCAGGCAGAAAUUGUCAAGAGGCUGAAUGCUAUAUGUGCACAAGUCAUUCCCUUCCUGUCCCAAGAGCACCAGCAACAAGUGGUGCAGGCUGUGGAGCGUGCCAAACAAGUGACCAUGGCAGAACUGAACGCAAUCAUUGGGCAGCAACAACUCCAAGCCCAGCACUUGUCACAUGGACAUGGUCUUCCUGUGCCGCUCACUCCGCACCCCUCGGGCUUGCAGCCUCCCGCCAUCCCACCCAUUGGCAGCAGUGCUGGUCUCCUGGCACUCUCCAGUGCACUGGGGGGGCAGUCCCACCUCCCAAUUAAAGAUGAGAAGAAGCACCAUGAUAAUGAUCACCAAAGAGACAGAGACUCCAUCAAGAGUUCUUCUGUAUCUCCCUCAGCCAGUUUCAGAACAGCAGAAAAGCACAGAAAUUCAACAGAUUAUUCUUCAGAUAGUAAAAAACAGAAAACAGAAGAGAAGGAAAUAGCAGCUCGUUAUGACAGUGAUGGUGAAAAGAGUGAUGACAACUUGGUAGUUGACGUUUCCAAUGAGGAUCCUUCUUCUCCCCGUGGGAGCCCAGCACACUCUCCACGGGAAAAUGGCUUGGACAAGACUCGACUGCUGAAAAAAGAUGCACCAAUUAGUCCGGCAUCUAUUGCAUCCUCUAGCAGUACUCCUUCCUCCAAAUCCAAAGAACUUAGCCUUAAUGAGAAAUCUACCACUCCUGUGUCUAAAUCAAAUACCCCAACUCCACGGACUGAUGCUCCAACUCCAGGCAGCAACUCCACUCCUGGACUGAGGCCAGUGCCCGGCAAACCCCCAGGUGUGGACCCGAUAGCUUCAGGUUUAAGGACACCUAUGGCAGUACCGUGUCCUUAUCCUGCUCCAUUUGGUAUCGUGCCACAUGCUGGUAUGAACGGGGAGCUGACCAGCCCUGGAGCUGCCUAUGCUGGUCUACACAAUAUUUCCCCUCAAAUGAGUGCAGCAGCUGCAGCAGCAGCAGCGGCAGCAGCUUAUGGACGAUCCAAUAAAACAAUAAAGCCCAAACCCAAAACAAUUAAAACUCCUUAAAUCAUCCCCAUAAUUUUUCUUCCCCUCAGAGCAUACUCAUUUCAUGUAAGUGCAGAUGGUCAGAUGCAGCCAGUUCCUUUCCCUCCUGAUGCCCUCAUCGGUCCAGGAAUCCCUCGCCAUGCCCGUCAGAUCAACACCCUGAACCACGGGGAAGUUGUGUGUGCAGUCACCAUCAGCAACCCCACGAGGCAUGUGUACACUGGUGGGAAGGGAUGUGUCAAGGUUUGGGACAUCAGCCACCCUGGCAACAAGAGCCCUGUCUCUCAGCUGGACUGCCUGAACAGAGACAACUACAUCCGUUCCUGCAGAUUGCUCCCUGACGGCCGCACCCUGAUUGUUGGUGGGGAAGCCAGCACGUUAUCCAUUUGGGACCUGGCAGCUCCAACUCCUCGCAUCAAAGCAGAGCUGACAUCUUCUGCUCCAGCUUGCUAUGCCCUAGCUAUCAGCCCUGAUUCCAAGGUCUGCUUCUCUUGCUGUAGCGAUGGCAACAUUGCAGUGUGGGAUCUGCAUAACCAGACUUUAGUAAGACAAUUUCAGGGCCACACAGAUGGAGCGAGCUGUAUUGACAUUUCUAAUGAUGGUACCAAAUUAUGGACAGGAGGUCUGGACAAUACAGUCAGAUCCUGGGAUCUCAGAGAAGGGAGACAGCUACAGCAACAUGACUUCACAUCACAGAUCUUCUCACUGGGCUAUUGUCCAACUGGUGAGUGGUUGGCAGUAGGAAUGGAGAACAGCAAUGUCGAGGUGCUGCAUGUUACUAAGCCAGACAAGUAUCAGCUGCAUCUUCAUGAGAGCUGUGUGUUGUCACUCAAGUUUGCUCACUGUGGCAAAUGGUUUGUAAGCACUGGAAAAGAUAAUCUUCUUAAUGCUUGGAGAACACCUUAUGGAGCCAGUAUAUUCCAGUCCAAAGAAUCCUCAUCUGUGCUUAGCUGUGAUAUUUCUGUGGAUGACAAAUACAUUGUCACUGGCUCUGGGGACAAGAAAGCUACAGUCUAUGAAGUUAUUUAUUAGAGACAAAUCUGAAUGCAGACAGAACUCCUUCUCCUAGCACUUUGCUGUAUAUUCCUUUUUUUUUUUUUUCCUUUCUAAACUGAAAACUUAAAUGCUCAUCACAGUUGUAGAAUUUAUUUUUACCUUCUUAACUUGCUAUUAAUUUGUGAAUGUUCAUUAAGAACUUGUGAUACCAAAUUGUCAGAUAUCUACUUGGAAGAAGAUGGAAUAAGCAUACAUAACGGUGACCUUGACUCUUUAAUUAUGUAUUAUAGCUGUAAUGUAUUUAUUUUGUUUAAAAAAGGCUUCCUAACAUUGAACUGUCUAAAUAAAGCUGUCCAGCCCAGCUUUAGUUUGAAAGAUGCAUCAUAUACUUGUGUUUUUGCAGGUGGAUAAAUUGGGGAUCUUGGAGAAGGAUGUUCAGGAGAUAGUUAAAAUUACACUAAAUAGACUUGUAGUUUCUAUUUAAAAAAAUAAACUUUGUUAUAUUUUUUAGUCCUGUUCUUGGAUGAGACCUCUAAGUGUUAUUACAAUAUAAUUAUUUGGUGGGAAGAUGCUGUAUCUUAACUAUUUUAGACAGUCUUGGAAACUUAGGAAAUUGCAAACUGUAGCCAGUGAUCUACAUGCCUGUGAUGAAUGGCAAAUCCAGUUCACAUCUAAAUUAAAUUCACUUUAAGUAAGAAUGUGCUAAUUUAUAUAUUUGCAAUGUUAAUAUAGCAUCUUGUGUACAGAUUUGUUCUCAAUGCUUUUGUGUUGAUAAACAUAAAGCAUUUUGGUGUCAAGCUAGGUUUUUUAAUAUAAACACCUCUCUUUGUUAUAUUGCAGAGAGUACAAUAAGUUGCCUCAAAGAAUACCUUUGUUACUUCUGGAAACUUUUGCAAUGUUUCCUUGAAAAUGGGGAUAUGUGUCUUUGGGCAAUUUUUCAAUUACAAGAGAUUAUGAAAAAUAUUUGAUAUGUUCUUUGGAAACUGCACUGAAAUAAGAAUGGAUGCCUACCAAUAUACAAACUACAAAAGCAAUGACCUCUGAGGUAGGAUUUAGAAGAGUACUCAUUCCGACAUAAAAAAAGGAAUGGAUUCUCAUUGGGAUAAGGACUUGCUUUGUUCGCCAGCAGUUCAAUCCAAGUCUUGAUUGGAUGUCCCUAAGACGGACGCAGACUGAGCCAUUGUGCCAGAGACAACGUGUUACCUUUUUAUGUUGUUGUUGUUGCUGUUAAACUAUGAUCUGUGACUUUUUUUUCUUUUUUGAAUGCUUUAAAAAAAAAUCUUUAAGUCUGUGGAUCUGCUGAUGUACAGUGCCUUUGCUGCUAUGGAUCAAAAUCAAGAGACCCGUGUAGAUAAAUCUUAUUGUAUAAGUAGAAAAUUACUUAAUUUCAUACUAGAAAUGGAUUGAUGCUGCAAGUUAAAAUGGACUGUUUAUUGAAGUUCCAAAUGUGGUAGCAAAAAAUGGUGUCUUAAGUGCUUAGUGUUUGAUGUCAUUAACAGUUUCGUAAUACUCUACAUUGUAGAAAGAUUUUGAUACUAAACUGUGUCAUUGUACAUAGUUCUAAUGCAUUGUAUUGACCACCAGUACUUCUAUAAUGGUAGAUUAUUGUUUGUGCAUUCAGACUUUUAAGCAUUAAACAUAAGUAACUUCUAA